UCGAGCUGUUUGAGUCACAUGGCCUGGGUUUCUAUUGAAACCAGUGAGGAGAAGUUGGAGCUCAGCCUUUAGUCCAUGUUUUGGAAUCCAAUGGCAGCAACAUGAGUGGAGCCCAACAGGACGGAGCGAUGACGGCAGACAGCCUCCAUCUGAACGGGACGGCCGCUCUGGGACGACACGACCAGGAGAUGAACACAGCUCUGUUUGAGUUCAAAGUGUUUAACAUUGUCAUCAUCGCCCUGGCCUUAUGCAUCCUCACUAUCACCGGCCUGUACUGCAUCACUGUCUGCUACAACCGCACCAGGCAGUCAAAGAGAGCCCACGUGUAUGAGAGUGCAGUGACCCGAGGCGAGUCGACGGACCCCGUGGCGGUCAAAGCAGUGAAGAGGUCCACCAGUUUCAUCAACCCUCUCGCCUUCUUCAGGAAACCAGAGGCAGCAAAGGACAACUCCAGGAUCUACUACAUCUACAGUAACCCGCUGCCUGUAGGACUGAAGGAGGAAGAGGAGGAGGAGAGGGGGACUAGAGCCCCACAGGGACCAGAGGAGCAAACUGCACUGACGCUGCCGCUGUCGUUUCAAGAAUACGCCAAUGAUCCCCACAGUGGCGUCACCCUGGACCCUCCCAUUUUUUACAUGCAGCUUUAGAAGGUGAUGAAGAGUUAUGCUGUGGGGGUAUUAAGGGCCUAUUAAAUUCAGUUUAGUUAUCAUGGGUGUAAAAAAAAAAGUUGUAUGAUGUCUUCUGUAGCUCAAAUCUGAGAAAAUAACCCUGAUGAUGUCGUAGUGAUGUCAUCUCGGUUAUCUCAGCAAAGGCUUGGAGAUUACGAAUUUAUAACAGAAAGCUUGCGGGAUAUACUGGUAUUAAGUCUGAAAGAUGUGUGUGUUUAUUAGGCAAGGAACUUAAGACACUAUCAAGUUGCAUUAUGGGAAAUGUAGGAUUUGAAAGUUUGCUCCUUACCAGGGACUAAAGCUCAAGAUACGUCCACUUCUGCUUCAAUUAUGACCAUUGUUUUAUUAAAUCUGCCCCAGGGACGUCAUCUUUAGUGCCUCAUUGACCUGAGGGCAGCUCUUUGUGUGUGCGUGUGUGUGUGUGUGUGUGUGUGUGUGUGUGUGUGAUUGCCUGCAGGUGUGUUGGAGUCAGAGCAGAGCCAUCAGUUGCAGGUCAUCACCAUAAUCAAGCCUCUUCAAAUACUCUGCUCUGCCACCUCCACACUGCCAGAUCAUAAACUCAGCUACCACCCUGCUAGUCUUAGACUCCAGUCCUCCCUGCUUCCUCCACCUCUCUUGGUCAAGUCUGCUGUUCU